AUGGAAGUGGCUCAGGUGAACCUACAUCACGCAUCGGCAGCCUCGGCUGUCAUCGUGAAGAGGUUCAUCUCGGAUAAUCUGAGCAUCCUCCUAAUCCAGGAACCUUUUGUGUUCAAAGGAGAGGUAAGAGGCCUCAACUCGAGAAGAAGCAAGGUAAUCUGGGGUCCCUCUAGCGAGAGACCCCGCUCCUGUGUAGUCGUUAGAGCCGAUAUAGACUUUUUCUGUAUUUCAGAGUUUCUAACGCAAGAUCUGGUGGCGGUACAGGUGAAGGACAAGGAAGGAUCGGACUUCGUCCUCGCUUCCGCAUACUUUCCGGGAGAGACGACCACAGCAGCCCCCCCAUCAAUACUCAGUCUAGUGGAAUACUGCAGACGCAACAAUCUUCCCCUAACGUUAGGAUGUGAUGUCAAUGCGCAUCACACGGAAUGGGGUAGCACGGACUGCAACGUGAAGGGUGAGUCACUUCUUGAAUUCAUAAUUAGUAACAAUAUGAGCAUCGAGAAUGUGAUUUGUGAGCCCACCUUCGUAACCAGUGUUCGCAGGGAGGUCCUAGACAUUACCCUGAGCAAUGACAACAUGAUCGGGCUGAUCUCACAGUGGCGGGUGUCAAAGGAGCCCUCACUGUCAGAUCACAGGAUCAUUCGGUUUGCUCUGAGGGUAAAAGUCGCGGACAAACCUCCGACACGUACCCCUAGAAAUACGAACUGGGGUAUCUUCAGACCUUAA